AUGAAUGAAAGGGUUUGGGAAGAUCCUGACGAUGCUGAAUCACCUCCUUUGGAGGAGCCUGGAUGGCUAAAGAAGAGGCGUUUGAUCUUGAAGGAAGGUGAUUCAGAUCCCAAUUUAUCUGUAUCCGGGUCACUCACUAGAGUUAAACCAAGUGCUUUUAAAACUGGCUCAAGAUUUAAAAUUACUCCAAUAAAACCUUCUAAAGAUUCAUUUAAGUUUAGUGGUGGAGUGAGUGGAAUAGGUUUUGACGAGGAGUUCCGGUUUAUGUCUGUUUUGUGCCACAAAGAAAAGGGAUUACAGCUAUACACAGUAGGAGACAAGGAAAGGUUUAAGAUAAAGUCGAAAAAAACUCUUUUUUUCGAUAACUUUCUAAUCAGAGAUUUUGCUUUCAAGGACAAUAACCUUUUACUCAUAGGGAAGAAUAAGAAACUACUCAAAUAUGAUUUAAAAAGCGGUUUAGGACAGAAUAUAUUUAACGUAAUAAUUCCCCGAACGGAGUCUGCCUUAAAACAAAUCUUCACCUCAAACCAUAGUAACUAUUAUGCCAUGACUUGUGCUAACACAGGAACCAUAUUAUUGUGUGAUUUCAAGGACAACUUACUGGUCCAUAACUUUAAAAUGAAUUCAGAAUGCGUUAUGUAUGAGUUUGAUAUACGGGGUGGAAAAUGCAGAAGAAAGUUUAAAGACCCAAAUUCAGUACACGUCACAGCCUUUUCAGCUUUCAACUCAAAUCGCAACUCCUAUUUCGCCACAGGAACAAAAUCAGGCUACGUCAACUUAUACCAUACAAACUCAGACAAACCGUUCAAAGUUUUGGAUAAUUUGACAACCGAAAUAACAAGUUUGAAGUUGAGUGAGGAAUUCGGACUCUUUUCCUCGGUCCAUAAGAAAAACUCAGUGCGUUUGGUGUACAAUGACAACUACAACGUGGUGGCAAACUGGCCCAAUAACACGUCAAACCUGGGCCGCAUCACAGCACUUGAAUACUGUCAACCUCUUAAUACAAUAGUCCUGGGAACCAGAUCAGGCCGAAUACACUUUCAUACCAUUAAAAAAUAA